AUGGCAAGCCGGACCUUCUUCGCAUCCUGGGAGCUAUGGCAGCAGAUGACCUUCGUCCUGGCCAUGGGUAUUGCCCUCGUGUUUCUGAUCGGCCUGGUGAAGCUGUGGUGGACGAAUCGCCACAUGGAGAGAAUCGAGCAGCUCGACGCCGAGAAACAAGAGCGCACUCCCCAGAUACACAGGCCUGGACUUUCAGCUGAUACACGCAGGUCUCGGCUGGAGAGAGAGAUUCCGUUUGGAGUCAAGGCCAUCGAGUCAGGCGCCGAGGCAGACGGCGUUUGGGUUGUGAGGAUGGUGUCCAUGGCGACACGGCCGCCGGACAGGAAAUGGACUUCCAGCAGGAAAGUUUCUGGCAGGGCUGGUGGAAUUGCCAAGAAGGAGAGCCUCAAGCACUCUGCACAGCCUGGAAAGAAGCCCGAGAGCCCGCCGCCUCGUGAAGCACAGCUUCGACCCAAUGACUCCGAAGCAGAUAGACGGCUCCAGGACAGUAUUGCUUGCGAGGAGGACAUUGCCGGCCAGUCUCAGCCUGGGCACGCAGGACCUCUUGGCCGGAUACAGAGAUCUCUCAAGAAGAUGGCCUCGUCCGAGUUAUGGGUCCAGCAGCAGAGUAAGCGUGGUGGCGGACAAGAAGCCAGAGAGUUCCGCAACAACGCCGAGGCGAGAAAACCCCAACGUUUUUACCCACAAGUUGCCGCAUCAGCCGCGCCCAGACGCGGGAUUUCCAGUAAUGAGUCGGUUCCGGGGCGGAAGUCGAGUCUUUACAGCAUAUCAAACAACAACUCAGCAGGAGCUGCAAAGUGUGGACCGACUGCCGUCAGAAGCACGCAGCAAUCGCGGCCGGCGGCGACCACUUCCCGAAGCCAUCAUCUGCGCAAGGCGUCGUGGGUUUCGAGCACCUCGUCGGUGGAGUCGUUUGCGACAAGCGUGGAGGAGCUCAAGGGGUUCGUGCCAGGGCCGCAGUCGCAGCCGCAGCCGCAACCGCAGCCGCCGCCGCUCGAACACCACCCGGUCUUCUCCAGCAGCGACCUGACCGCAGCAUCCGAGCUGACGUUCGGCCGUAGGCGCUCCCACCACUUGCCCUCGGCGCACGAGGGCCAAGCACGUCAUUCGUCCUCGGAGGACGGGAGCUCCAUGCACGAGCAACAGCAGCACGACGCGGCCAUACGAUCGUCGGCGGCGACUGCACUGCGAUACCCCCCAAACAGCAGCCGCAGCGCCAAUUACAUCCAACAGCCCCGCCCGCAGUCGAAUGCUUCCGACCAGCAGCCUCGGCCUGGGGCCGGCGCCUGUUUCGCGGCGCAGCCCAGUCCCACCUUUGGGCCCAGUGAUACGUACAUCAACACUAGCGCGCGGAAGGUGAACGCCAAUUUUGAGAUCCUCCCGGCCGGUACAUUUGGGCUGCCCGAGCAACACGGCCUCGGAGAGCCUGCCAGCACAGCCGCGGGCGUGAGGUCAUCCUUUGAUUCCCAAGGCAGCGUGAGGAAAAAGUUGCAGAAGCAGAGGACCAGCCGCAGUUACAGCAGGUGA